AUGGAGCCACCAGCAAAGAGACGACGCAAAGGCCCCUCACCCCCAACACUCGGCCAAAAUGACGACGAAGACGACGAACUCGCCUCCCACCCGCAGGAGAUUACUGUUCGGCGGGACCCCGAUAUCCAGUUUGCGCUGAAACGAGCCAAUGCAAACCACAAGCUUCAAGCCACCAUGGCGCACAUAAUCGAAAAGUACAGCCGCGAUUUCGAGGGCGUUGGUGACGAGAUCGACAUGGAAACCGGGGAAAUCGUCGUGAAUAACGGCCACUUGCGCAACAUGCGCGACGAGGGAGACGUCGAGGGGCUUUGGAUGGAUGGUGACAGUAAUGCCGAAGAGGAUGAAGGAAUCUUGCUCGAGGACCUGACAGACGAAUAUUCCGAUAACCAAGAUGAAAUGGACGAACCUCGAAACCCAGAAGCAGACGACAACCAGAAUUCCAGUACAAGGGAACAGCAUUCAAAUACCGGAUCAGAUCCUAAUGAAAUGGAACAAGGAGCAGACUCUAUUCCUGCGCCAGCUGGCAAUGAAAAGAAAAAAGGCGCCGAAAACCAAUACGAGCGAUUGCCCCCCGAAACCCGCAACUCAACAGACGGCGAGCCCGACGUCCCCCCUCCUGGAUUUCCUCCUUCACCUUUUGGGCCCGGCGCUCCUCUCGGCUAUGGCGCGCCGCCUGGACCGUUUGGGCCGUGGUCCAUGAUGCCUGGAUUUCCCAUGAAUCCUUGGGGUCGUGAUGAUAUCCCCCCUUAUUACAACAUGCCUCCAAGUAUGCCCGGCCCCUGGUUCAACGGAGGAAGAUAUGAGUUUCCUACAAACGAUGGACAGACAUCUAUCUGGGGACGCAACUGGGUCAAGAAGACAAAACGGGCUGGUUUCAUGAAAAAGGCCUCGAAAGGCCAUGCCGAGCCGAGUAAGAACCCCAGCGAUACCGCGGCAGACGAGGAAACGGGGGACGAUGAUGGUAAUGACAAGGAAAACUCGGGAGAGCAACAGCCAGAAACCCAAGAGGCUUUGGCAAAUGAUCGGAUUAUCAAUGCCAGUGACGAAGACGAUGACUUGAUCUUUUCCGGGACAACUAGCUCUUCCCCUGCUACGAAGCGCAGCUCUAUCCCCUCAAAGGAGAAACAAGCGGCAGAAGAACCCACUAAAACAAAACCGGUGGAAAAGGUCCUCGAGGAGACGGCAGGGAACGCUAUCAAAGUACCCUCACACGAUCACGAGCAAGAUGACGGAAACCGCAGACGCUCUGGCCGAGCCAGGAAAAAAGUGGAAUACAUGGGCAAAAUCUCUUGGGCAGAAGCAAGAGAGUGGCGAAACUCUGGUCAGAGCUUGAGUGUUGAGCUUCACAGAGUCGAUCGUGCGAGCCGGCAAGGCUUUCAAAGCGUCGAUAAUACUGAUGAUGAGAGCCUUCCGACCCAAAAGGCGGCACCACAAAGUCCACUAAAGGGGGCUCCAAGAGAAAUGGAUAAAGCUGUUCAGAGACAAGUCAUCCCGGAUUCUCAAGACACGGCAACGCCAUUCAACAGCAGUGCUCCUCAACCGUCACAACUAGCUUCACAACCACCAGCUUCUCAACCACCAGCUUCACAGCCGCAAGCCUCUCAACCCGCAGACAAACAAGAUAACCUGGGCACUUCCAAUCACAACACCAUGCCCAGCAUGGUUCUCUCCGAUGACGAGGCACCGCUCGUGCUAUCCAGAGUCAUGGUGCCUAAACCACGCGCCAUGCCUUCAAAACCUACUCCUCGGUUGGUGAGCGUUCAGGAAGAACAAGAAAGCUCAACGGACAAGGAUAGCACCCACAAGGUUGACCAUGCUCAAGGGACCAAUGAUAACCAGGCCCUUCAAGCUGAACCGAUGGAAGUUACUCAAGACGAGGUCAAAGAUACAGCCUUGAGUAACUUCCAUAGGUUCAGCUUGAAGGGCCUGGUUAUUACCCAGCCCCUAAAACGGAAGCGAGGCAGACCCAGAAAAUCAGAAGUGCCAGUUGAAUCCACUACAAUCGUGGAUUCGCUGGAUACCUCCCCUGACCCCCUGAAGCGCAAGCCCGGUAGAUCUCGAAAAUCGGAAGUUUCGCUAGAGAGGCCCCCUCCGCCCCCGAAGCGCAGGGUCGGCAGACCCAGAAAGUCGAGUACUGUCACGCGUGAGGUCGACACUGGAGUGCAGACCCACGAGCCCCAAGCUCCCUGGCAGGAGAUCUCGACUGGGGUUGACGUGGAGAUGAAGGAAGUUGAAGAGGCUGAGAAGCCCAGCCGCAUGUCUCGAGAGCUCAGAUGGCUCGAAAAGAAGAAGCCGAAGGGUGUUUCCGAUCUCGAAGCUCAAGGGGUGACAUCGGAAAAGCGUCUUAGGUCUCGAGGGUCAAAAGAAACACUCCAGCCAAACGAUGCCAACGUGGAGGAAUCACAAGGAUCCAACAAGGAACCCGAAGCAAUCCCUAUCAACAGCCCGCCUUCACUAGCAAGAGUUGCUUCGUCGCCAAAGGUUGUCCCUACAGCAAAAGCUGUGGCCCCAGCCAAAACUGCCUCUUCAGCAAACCUCCCUUCCUUGCCAAAGGUUACCUCAAGAGUUGUCUCCCCAGCAGAAUCUACGUCUUCUCCACAGGCUGACCCUGUGGUAAAACCUACAUCUCAGACAAAUCUUGUCUCCUCAUCAAGGGUUGCCUCUUCUCCGAAGGCUGCUUCUAAUUCAAAGACUGCCUCACCUUCUAAAGCUGUCUCACCUCCAAAAGCUGUCCCUCCAGCAAAUAACACCUCCUCACCAAAGCCUGCUUCUCCACCAAAGGCUGACUUGCCUUCAAAAGCUGUCUCUCCAGGGGUUGUCCAAUCUUCCUCUCCUCCAAGAGCAGUUUCGCCUCCUCCGGCUGAAGCUAUUCCUCCAGCCCAAGACCAUCAACCUCCCUUGAGUACACCUCAGGAUCCCACCAUCCAACCAGCAUCAACCCCUAAGAGGAACAAGGAUAGAGUCGUCCAUGCUGCGGGAACGCCAUCCAACUCUUCUAAACCUCACACUCCCCGCCACACCUCCAUCCGAACAACUCGGGCGCCCUCUUCCCGCCGCUCCCUUCUCUCCUUUGUAUCCGACUCCGACUCCGACUCCGACCGCUCUCGCGACGAGCUAGCCCACAAAGUUAGGCUGAGCUCUCACAAGAAGAGCGCUCGUCCAUCUACGCACAAGAUCUGGAAGUCCACUUCUCUAACCACAGAGUUGCAUCGAACGCCGAGCAGAAAACGCCGUAAUGAACCCCCCACUCCUGUCAAGACGCCUGGCGGCACGUUGAGGACUUGUGGAAACGUCAUUCAUAGUGUCACUUCGGAUAGCCAAGUGUAG